CCGCAUCCCCAUCCUCCUCACCUCAGCACCAAUCAGCCACACACAGCGACGGGAGACUCUCACAGAGCUUUCCUCCUGCUGCUCCUCGCCUGAAGAAUGGCGUCUCGUGUUUAGUCGUGUCUUUACUGUGUGCUCAUCGCAGUAAUGUGAUGCUCUGGUGUCUGGAUUGUCUGCGGAGAGGAUAAACCGUGAUGGUUACGUCUGGAGUCUAACGAGCUUCACCUUGACGAAAAGCAACCCCUCCUGAAUAUUCCUCGUGAGCACUAGCAGUCAUGUCUAAUCUUAACAAUGCACUUUGCAUCGAAAGCGGCCAGAGCACAGACUUGUCGCUCUUGCACAAGGAUACUCUUCAGGACGGUGGAUUAAGCCAGCUGUUGGAUUACAAUGCGGAAAUGGAAAGGUACAGGUCGCUUGCAAACUUUUACAAAUGCAAUGGUGCAUUUCCACAGACUGCUAAGAUCGCCCGCAUAACGACACCGAUUUUCCCCAGCGCCAGAAUCGGCGUGUCCCCUUGGAACUGUGAUAACGGCAUGCUCUGGGGAAGGAAAUUAAACCCUAAUAGGACCGGCAUGCAUAGAAAUGAGUCCCAGAGGCCGGGGAAACCUGGCGUGCCGCUGGAGACGCUGCAAAUGGCAAAUAAUAAUUUCCUCUCCAGCUUAUCCCCCGAACACUGCAGACCUUUAGCAGGAGAAUGCAUGAACAAGCUGAAAUGCGGUGCUGCCGAAGCAGAGAUAAUGAAUCUCCAGGAACGUGUUGGAACUUUUUCCGCUAUUCCGACGUUAGGGGGCAUCUCAUUGCCCCCCGGGGUCAUCGUCAUGACAGCCCUUCACUCCCCCGCAGCCGUUACAGACAGUGCGUUUCAGAUUACCAAUCUGGCAGACUGCCCACAGAAUAAUUCCUCCGCAUCCAGCGGGAACCCGGCGAAAAAGAAAAGGAAAAGGUGUGGGGUCUGCACGCCCUGCAGGAGGCUGAUCAACUGUGGAGUGUGCAGCAGUUGUCGGAACCGUAAGACGGGUCACCAGAUCUGCAAGUUUCGGAAAUGCGAGGAGCUCAAAAAGAAGCCUGGCUCAUUGCUAGAGAGAACGGCAGUAAACACCGGGGAAGCGUUUCGAUGGUUCUUUUAGGACUCUGAAACAAGGACAUCGUAUAUCACAGACUGAGCACAAAAACAUCUCGCAGGGACCCAAAAAGCCAGACUGUGGAGGAGAGACGGCGGGACAAAAACAGACUUUCUAAUUGUAUUUGCUGUAAUUAUUAUUGUACUCUUGGCAGCAUCGUUCAGUGUCUGUCAGUGUGUUUUAGUUUCUCGGCUGUGCAAGUUGCAGCCAUUCUUGUAAAGAACCGAGUAGACAAUCAUUAAAAACAGCAGAAAAUAACGUGGUUUAAUGACCAGUGCGAUCACAAACCUCUAUUGUUUAGAUCUGCAGCAAUAAUUAUAAAAGUAAUUGUUCUCUGCCGUCAGAUUCCAAUCUUUCUAUGGAACGAUUCUAAGAAUACCUCUUUUCACUUAAACCCACAAAUUCGGAGGACACGUGAUGUUUGGUGAUGUUUCGUAUUUGCACACAGUAAAUCAGAGUCUGUGUUGAUUUGGUGUGGGAUACUGCAGUGUGGGGAACAUUAUCUUGUGCACUUUUGUUCGGAUAGUCUCGUAAAGUUUGAUUGGAUUCUAUUUAGUUUUGGGUGAAACUGUUUUAAACGCUGCCCAAAGGAAAGGUUUCCUGAACAUCACCGUAAGAUUUAGCCUUUUUAAUUCUCACUAAACAUUCCAAAAUGAGUUUCCUAAUAAGUUGCUCAUUGUCUUGACCCUACUGUAAUGUUGCAUGUGUAAAUGUGUUUUUGUUUUGAAGAUAACUCAAAUUUAUAUAUUGUUGUUGUGAUGCUUUAACGUGUUAAA